GAAUUUAUUCCCCUGUCUCUUCUUUAUCCCCUCUAGGGAAUGAAAGCUACUGGUUGAUUACAAAUCCCUCAGCUUCACAAGUUUGGAGACAUCCCAGAAUCAGGCACAAUGUCAACAGCAGGGGUUGCUGCUCAGGAGAUUCGAGUCCCAUUAAAACCUGGGUUUCUGCAUGAUGGCCAAGCCAUGGGGAAAAUGAAGACCUGCUGGGGCACCCGCAGCGAGUUUGAAAGUAACUUUUUAAAUAUUGACCCAAUAACCAUGGCCUACAGUCUGAACUCCACUGCUCAGGAGCACCUGACAUCUCUCGGACACACUUCAAAAUCUGCUCCGAUGAAUGGCAACCACUUUGCAAAAAAUUGUCCCUCUCAGAAGUCCAGCUUGCCCCCUCUUAUUAUUCCCCCAAGUGAAAACUUGGGACAACACGAAGAGGAUCAAGUUGUAUGUGGUUUUAAGAAACUCUCAGUGAAUGGGGUUUGUGCUUCUACUCCUCCACUCACACCCAUAAAAAACUCACCUGCCCUUUUCCCCUGUGCAGCUCUCUGUGAACGGGGCUCUAGGCCCCUUCCACCACUGCCGAUCUCUGAAGACCUCUCUCUGGAUGAGACAGACUGUGAGGUCGAAUUCCUGACUAGCUCAGAUACAGACUUCCUUUUAGAAGACUGUACACUUUCUGACUUCAAAUACGACCUUCCUGGCCGGCGAAGCUUCCGUGGGUGUGGACAGAUCAACUAUGCGUAUUUUGAUACCCCAGCUGUUUCUGCAGCAGAUCUCAACCAGGCACCUGACCAGAAUGGAGAUGUGCAAACUUCAGAUCCUCCUCCUCCUCAGACCCACCGAAGGUUAAGGAGGUCGCAUUCAGGACCAGCUGGAUCCUUUAACAAGCCAGCCAUAAGGAUAUCCAGCUACACACAGAGAGCUUCUCCGAACUCCGAUGAAGACAAACCUGAGGUUCCCCCCAGGGUCCCCAUACCUCCUAGGCCAGUGAAGCCAGAUUAUAGAAGAUGGUCAGCAGAGGUUACUUCUAGCACCUACAGUGAUGAAGACAGGCCUCCCAAAGUACCACCAAGAGAACCUUUAUCACGGAGUAACUCCCGCACACCAAGUCCUAAAAGCCUUCCGUCUUACCUCAAUGGGGUCAUGCCCCCUACCCAGAGCUUUGCCCCUGAUCCUAAGUAUGUCAGCAGCAAAGCUCUGCAAAGACAGCACAGUGAAGGGUCUGCCAAUAAAAUUCCUUGCAUUCUGCCCAUUAUUGAAAAUGGGAAGAAGGUUAGUUCAACACAUUAUUACCUACUGCCUGAGAGGCCACCGUACCUGGACAAAUAUGAAAAAUUUUUUAGGGAAGCAGAAGAAACACAUGCAAGCACCCAAAUCCAGCCAUUGUCUGCUGACUGCAGUUUAGUGUCAGCCACGGAAAAGCUGGACUCACAAACAAAAAUGGAUCUAGGUGGGCAUGUGAAGCGUACACAUUUAUCCUACGUGGUUUCUCCUUAGACUCUGGGAUCAUGGUUCAGCAGAGGUUCCGUAAGAGCAGUUGGUUCUCAAGCAGUUUUCCAGCUGGAUGGAGGUUCACAGGAGAAUGCUUCAGGUUGCAGAAUGAAGUAGUUGAACUCUGUCUUAAAGAGAAAGGUUUAGAGCAGUUGUGAGGUGCUGCUGUGCUGAGGAUCCCUGAUUUCGUUAGCGUUGGAGAAAAGUCUUUCCAAGUCUAUAAUUUAAAGAUGUGAUGGUGGGGAGGGAAGGAGGGGAAACUUUUAUAUAUGCAGACAUUAUAUACCUAUAUAUAAACUUGUGGUAUAACCAUAGACCAUAGUUGCAGGUUAACCAAUUAGUUACUAUCUUAGAGUAAUAUAUAUUCAACUUAAUAUCCAACUCAAGUUGGAGAAUGACUCCUGAUAGACUGAAAAUUGAACAAAUGGAAGAAAACACAGUAUUGUUUGGAUCAGAAUCAUAAAAACAAAAUAUUUUUGCUUAGUAAGGUUGAAGAUUUCUGGCUCUUAGGCCUGUUUUGUUGCAUUUAUUUUUGCAAUCAGUCUUUUCCAGUGAGGGCAGGCUGUGCAUCCUCACCAUGACUCUACCUACCCAGUGUAAAACUCGUCCCAAGACCUAAAUACUUCCAGGUUUUGCUUUCUGUGUUGUCGAGGGGAGGGAUAGCAAUUUAUUUGGCAACUGUAUUUUCACCUGUACGUGUCUCCCAUCUCGAAAAAGGAGAAGAUAGUAGAAUUAGUAAGCAAUUUUUCCUUACAAUCCUUGCUUUGUUCCACCCACUAAAAUGGCCCAUUGUAGUAUGUGCCUUACAGAAACAGUGGGACACAUUAGAAUCACAUGGAAAAGCAGACUAUUUGCCAGUGUUUAGGAUGUCAGUUUUAAGCAAUAAUGAAACAAUUAGCUAUGUGAUUGAGAGUUACUGUGUGGGGAUGUGUGUUGUGUUUUUUGUUUUUGUUUUUUUUAGACUGUAUUAAUAAACAAAUACAACACAAGCUGGCCUUGUGUUGCUGGUUCCUAUUCAGUAUUUCCUGGGGGUUGUUUGCUUUUUAAGUAAAACACUUCUGACCAGUAGCGCAGUAUGUCUUAAUACUAGAGGUCACGUCGGCAUCUUUCUGCUUGUACAACUCUCACAGCUGGCUGCUUCCCCUAGCUUCCAUGAGACACACAGCUGGUGUUCAUAGUUUCACAUGCUUCGAUGUAUUUAUCUUGUAGAGAUAAGCACAGAAGAGAAGGUGCUCACUAACAGAGGUACAUUUCUACAAUGUUCUCUUAAUUAAACAAGCUGUUUACAGUUUAAACUGCUGAAUGAUAUUAUUUGAGCUAUUUAAAGCUUAUAUUUUAGUAUGAACUAAAUGAAGGUUAAAACAUGCUUUAGAAAAAUGCACUGAUUUCUGCAUUAUGUGUACAGUAUUGGACAAAGGAUUCUAUUCAUUUUGUUGCGUUAUUUUGAAUAUUGUCUUUUCAUUUUAAUAAAGUUAUAAUACUUAUUUAUGACACCGUUAA